AUGGCCUCCAGAUAUGCAGCUGCGCGACCGAAACGUGCUGGUGAGGAAUUUGCCCGCUCACAUCGUAAUGAAAAUGAGGAUGGCCCUUCAAAGAAACCAAAAUUUGACUUGAGAAAUCCAUCCGCUUUGGUAGCUGAUGAACCCGAGGAGGAUGCGGUUCUGGACGCAGAUGUUAUUGGGAGUCGAGGGACGGGUACUAAGAGAGGGGCUGUCAAUAUCGAUGGUUAUGAUUCAGAUUCUGACAAUGAAGGCUUUGAUGCGCGCGCAGACGAAAGAGCUAGAGCAAAGAAGGGUGAUGUAAAUUUGGCAGAAGCGCUAGAUGGGUAUAACAAGGAAAAUUUCGGUGGGGCGAACGGGAAGACGGAUAUAGAGGAAGAUGCCGACAUGUUUGCAGACUUGGAAGACGAAUUUGGAAACGGCAAUGAGGACAAGAGUGAGCUAAAGGCUCGGAAGAAACAGAAAGAAGUACGGUUUUUAAAGGAAGAUGAGAUUGAGGGCCAGGUCUUAGGUAGCAAGAGCGGAGGUCAUGUAUCGGGGAAUUUCACAUUGGAUCCGAAAGGGAAAUUGUCGACACAUGCAAUGGACGACCAAGAAAGCAGUGAUGAUGAGGAAGAUGCCGUAUUAGCCGCGCAAGAAGAAGAUGUGGACGAGGAGGUUGGCGCUGGUGGACUGAAGAGGAAUGCUCCCAAAGUUGAUGCGUUCAACAUGAAAGCUGAACAGGAAGAAGGUAAAUUUGAUGCGAAUGGCAACUUUGUGCGAAAUGCGGCAGAUCGAGAUGCAGUGCACGACAGUUGGCUGGAAGGAAUUAGUAAGAAGGAGAUGAAGAAAGCUGCAGAAGCACACGAAAAACGGGAGGAGGAGCGACGGCAAAAGAGGCUGGAAGAUGAUGCCAUGUUGCUGUCAGAUAUUUUACGAACAUUAAUACUACAACUGGAGAAGAGCGAGACCGUUCUCGAGGCACUCGCUAGACUUGGUAGGGGCCAAGCGAAAACGAAGAAAAUACCAAAAUGGAAAUUGAAAAAGCAACAGCAGAAAGAUGAUUCUAUGGAUGUGGAUGCUGGAAAGGCUGAAGAUCUGGAACAGGUUAGGAUACGAGAGGCUAUCAAUGCUAUUACAGGAGCGGCCGAUCAACUACUCAUAAGAGGGCAAACGGAUGUUUAUGAGCAGGAGAGAGAAAUGCUUAUACGUCAAUAUGGGAGAGAGACUGGAGAAGACUGGGUAGAACCGCCGGGAGAAGUGGCUAUGGACCAAGAGCACAGCUCGAAGGCCACCAAAAUGUGGGAGUAUAGAUGGACUGAUGGUCGUGAUGGCGCUGCUAAGCAAGGCCCGUUUGAUGGUCAAACGAUGGUAGCAUGGCAGGAUGCGGGCUACUUUGGCGAGGGUGUCGAGUUCAGGAGAGUUGGGCAAGAGGGUGGUUGGAGCAGAGUUGUGGAUUUUGUAUGA